AUGGUCUAUCCCAGUUUAGGUCUUCGCAACCCUCGCGAGGUGGUGGGCAAUACUUAUGUCGACACUGAGUUGCAGGACAGUUCCAGCGAGUUUGCCUACCCAGAUCAGCAGAUUGUUACCGAGAAUCUGUGGUGCUGGGGCAACGUGGUCUUGUCCCGGUACCUAAGGAUGCUGGUCGCAUCAAGAAGUUGGCUAGAGUCGGGAAUUCAUGUCCACAGUGCUAACAAAGGUCUCAAAGAGAUUGAAAUCAGCGUCGCCGUUUACUGUGGUGUCCCUGUCAAUUUAGAGGCUAUGAAGGCUGCUGGGAGGACCAUCAACGAAAUUAUUGCCAAGGGGGAGCACAAGCGGCAGCUGGAUGAGCUUCCACCUCCACUGCAAAAUUCCUAG